UUGCACCUAGAGGUCCUGUGCAGCACUCUGUUUCUCAGUGGGCUCAACAUGGAUUCAUGUGGCACAAACAUCCCAUAGCAAUAGGGAAUUCUUCGAUUUCCUUUUCACUGUCGGAAUAACAGAAGAUGGAGGACAAGGAAGGAGGCGGUCCUACUACGGACGCUCUACCAAAUAGUGCUGAGAAUAUAACACACGACAACAAAACACAGGAUAGCGCAACAUUCAAGACAGAUGACAAUGAUACCGUGAAGGAGGAAAAACAACAGGAGGAUGACCCGGAACAGGAUAACACCAGCCCUCCUCAACAGGCUCCAGAGCCCGUAGAAGAAUCGGAGUCACUAAAGAAAAUGAGAGCAGAGUUGGAGAGAAUGCGAGUGGAGGACAAAAACCGAGAGGAAAUAGCAGCGGCAAAAUAUAAAGAAGAUUUUAGACAUGAGCGUAACAAAUUAGAAGAGGGGAGGAUUGCGCAAGGAUACAUGUUUAACCCCGAUAUCCGGGACAUUAAGAGUGCUAUAGCGGACAUCAUGAAAGAAGAGCGCGUGUGUAUGUUACAGAGACAGAUCGAUGCUCUAGAUAAGGAGGAGAAACAGGUUCAGGAGGAGAUAGACCGGAAGUAUGGCCAGCUCUUCUCUACAGACCGGAAACAUGACCUUACAGCCCUCGCCAACAACUUUUUCUCCUUGCCCGGAAAUGCGGGUCUUCCGGAACACAUCACGCGUGCUCUGACGUCAGAAGAAAUAGCAGACCUAAAGAUAGUGUUUGAUCUGUUUGACGUGAAAGGAAGAGGAUACGUCAGUUCCAACGAUUUAAAGAAAGCUCUAGCUAUGCUAGGAUUCAAAGCUUCAAAGGCAGUCCUUGGCAAUAUGAUAAGUGAAGUGGCAGGGGAAAAGAAAGUGAAGGUGACUUUCAAAAACUUCUUGGAUUUUGUCGUAAAAAGUCAAGGCGAUGGUCCCGACCCGUACGGUGAAAUCAAACAGGCCUUCGACUUGCUGGAUACAAACGGUAACGGGUUUCUAACGCUGGAGGACUUGAGAGACGCCUCUAUGGAAUGCAGCCUCAACUUCUCUAACAACACGUUACGCGAGAUGUUACAAGAGGCAGACAAACAUGGCGAUGGCAAGAUCAAUUUGGCGGACUUUACAGACAUUAUGUUACUAACCAGUAAAUUCAAGUAUGCGUCCUGACGCAAUAUAUGGCUUUAAAAUGCAUUUAUCAUUGAUCUCGAUUGAAAGUAAAGAGCUGUUAUGCAGCUAGUUAUAGCUUUUGUAAGUAGAGAUAAAACCAUGUCUAUUGUAAACAGCUUGAAAUAAAUCAUUUACCAAGUGCCAAAACCAAAGAACGUGUGAUAUU